CAGCCUCAAUCAUGCCUUCUGUACAGCUACGGACAAGGCCACUGCCUGAGGUGAAUGGGCCAUCGACUGAUCCACUUCCAACCCUUCUUCAGACGCCUUCUGGACUGGCAAUACUCGAAAUGCAAGGCACGAUUCAUGGACCAUUCCCUCAUGCAGAUGAGACAGUCACUGAGGUACAGACUAUAGACGUGGGUCGGCUGGAGUUCCCACUGUACAACACAAAAGAGCCUCUUGAAGGAAAAUGGAUGAAAAAGGUGUAUUUGUAUGUCGGCAAGCAUCAACGAUUGACUGGUGAGAUCAAGAAGUUGGCAAAACCUCUAGCAGUCAUCCAGAAAGUCAACCCAGAGGAUGAAGUCAAUGGCACGCCUACAGCUACCUCUACAAAUGAAGACCUGGAAGUCUUGGAGAUAGUCAAGUAUAAGCUGCUUUUCAGCGGAAGACCAGAACCCGUUGGCGAAUGAGCGACAAAGUUCAGAAACCACCAUUCGACGGGCCCUGGGAGAAUGCCAAUACAACGGGACUCUACGCAUUUCCGAAAUAGGUUGGCAUUCUUCGAGGAGUCGAGAACAGGAGAAAUGCCAGCCACAUUUCUCUGCCUCACUUGCAUCCGUCCUCAAGUCAGCGAUUCCCGAACUCACACACGGAAAUGGCGCAUCAGCCGCCAUACCGGCAUCAAGUUAUCUAGAUGCGCUUGACUGCUACAGGAUCACAACUUGCCCAAGGUGCGUCUGGACGAAAGUUGCGGCUCGUUCGCUCGAAGGGGAUGCUACAGACUCACCUCUCGAGUUGGGAAUACGCCGCCCCAGACUGCCGACCUGAGUCUCGUGGGCUCGGAAAGAGACAUGUAACGACCAAGGGAGCCGAUUUACUCGUUAAAAUAUGAGGUUGCGUCUCUGGGCCGAACAAACAUAAACGACAAGGGCACUGUUCAUUAUGUCCUCCGGGACAGUAUUAUGUCAGCACACAGAUGCUAAGAGAUGCCAAUUGUGAUCAAGCUUCGUGGCGGGCCGUCGGGAGUUUUUACUGUACUGGAG